UGACGCUUAGCUGGCUGUAAACAUCAGUCAAGUUCUUCAGAACAAACAGACAACAACCCCAAAACUAUACAAAAUGUUCAAGUUUUUCGCUCUGUGCCUCUUCGCCAUCGUCGCUUGCGUCGCCGCCAAGCCCGCAAUUGUGGCUUCCCCUCUGGCUUAUAGCGCCUACACCGCUGCUGCUCCAGUUGCCUACAGCUCGCCCUACACCGCCGCCUACACCGCAGCUGCUGCCUAUCCCUACUCUGCCUAUCCUUAUGCUGCUGCCUACUCCGCUUACCCCUAUGCCGCCUACUACCGUUAAGCAGGACAUCGACUAAACUGAUCUGGAUCUGAUAAACUGGAACAACUCUUCACUCCUUAACUCGGCUUUUUUUUUCCUCAUUUUUCUACUUCUAUUUGGGACUUUAUGAUUUCCUAGUAUUAUGCGUGUUUGGGAAGUUCUGCUGAAGAGAGGAAUUUAUGAUUUAAUUGAAUAAAUGCACUUUGCGUAAAACGUA